AUGUUUCAAACACCUCUUUCUAUUCAUACUGGUACUCGUUCGUCUGUUCGAGAAAAAUACCCCCCGCAACAUCCUUUACCCCCCACUCCACUGACACGUCAUUCAAACCACUCGUCUGCCACAAAAACCGCUUGUUUGCCUACCAAUCCCAGUCAGAUCAAAUGUAUAUUUAACCCUAGACAAAGCGAUCCUAUGACUCCUGCUUCUCCAGUUGCUGGCGGAAUGGUCAUGUCUGCUCCAUUGACUGUAAAUAUUCCUACCUUUUCCCCAAUGGAUGUUCCUCGUCUGAAUACCGACUUGCAAAAAACAAAAGUUCGUCUACCGCCUUCACCCCUAUCCGAGGCUGCCCAUCCCCCCAUUUCAUUUAAUGACAGUAUUAAAUCCUCUGCUCCUAUGGCUUCCCAUCCUCCAUCCCCAGUUUUCUCGCCUGUCCUGACUUGUAUCUUUCCUCCUGGAACACGAGCACAACAGCUUCUUUGCAACAAAGCAUUAAACCCUGUUUUUGCUUCCCGCUACUCUGUUGUGCAGGAGCUCGGAUCUGGAGGCUUUGGGUUUGUCUGUUCGGCUGUGCGUACUUCAGAUCGUCGUGAGGUUGCUGUCAAGUUUAUCAUUCGCUCAAAGAUUGCUCGUACGGCUUGGGCUGUUGAUCAUGACUUGGGCUCUGUGCCUAUGGAGGUGUAUAUUCUAAAAAAUAUUUGCCACCAAAAUAUUGUCCGAUUUCUUGAUUAUUAUGCAGAUGCAGAUUUCUGCUAUUUGGUCACUGAACUUCAUGGCUCGAGCUGGUCAUCAACCGACCAAGAUAUCCCCGAUGUCUCUACAUCUACAUUGUUUUCUCCAGUCUUUUCCCAAGACUCUACUCCUAUCACAUCUGCCUUGUUACCCAGUGGAAUGGACUCGAUUGCUCCACAACGCAGCAUUUCCUCACGUCCUUCAAUGGAUCUGUUCGAGUGCAUUGAAAAAUUUGAGCAUUUUACAGAGGCCCAAGCAAGAUGUGUUUUCCGCCAGAUUGUUUCUGCUGUUGCAUAUUUACAAUCAUUAAAACUAGUUCAUCGCGACAUCAAGGAUGAAAAUGUUUUGAUUGACUGCAAUUUUAAUGUCAAGUUGAUCGACUUUGGAUCCGCCAGUUUCUUUGACGACAUUGGUGGUCGCCAAUUUGACCGAUUUUUAGGAACAAUCCAGUAUGCUGCACCAGAGAUUCUCAAAUCCCAAAAGUACCGUGGUCCAGAAGCCGAAGUAUGGUCACUUGGAUGCUGUUUAUUUAUUAUGCUUACUGGUCAAGUUCCAUUCACAUCUGCGUCUCAUGCUGUCAACCGUCCUUACUCUCGCACACAUAUCCCUCUGUCAGAGUUGUGUAUAGAUUUACUAGAUUGCAUGUUGGACAAAAACUUUCAGUCUCGUGCAACCAUUGAUUUUGUUCAGUCUCAUCCAUGGAUGAAGCUUUGAAUAAGCUUCUUGUUUCAAAUUGCUGCUCUGUUUGGGUUACUUCCCGUGUUUAUGAUUUUUUAUUACUCUAAAUUCUUGUCUUUUUUUCUUGACCAUACAUUUUUAUUCCCAUUUAGUUUUAUUAUCUUGAUUCUUAAUUAUAACUUGGGUUGGGCAUAUAUAUCACAUUUUGAUGCUUUUAUUUCACUCGCAAAAUACAUUU